AUGUUUGUGCCGGCGGGACUGAGACAGCAAGCCAGUCCAGUUUUAGGAGCAGGGAAAAGACCUCAACCCAGUCCAAUAUUUGGGACAUCGCAAGGACAUCAGAUCAGCGCCGUUUUUGUGACAGGACUGGCUCAGCACACAGACCCACGGUUUGGGGCAACCCAAGGUCAGCGGGGCAAUCGAGGACACGAACUCGGGGUGGAAAUGCCAUGCGAGGUGGUGGGUGGUCUCGGUCGGAGCAGUCAAGCUGGUCCAGUGUCCUUUGCUGGUGUCGAGCAGCAAAGCCAGGUGUACGGCCAGGUAGCCGGACCGCAGCGUCCUGAUGCAGUGUUAGAACCGGAUCGUAAACCGCAAGCCAGCCCAGGUAUGGGGCUUGCAUCAGGACAGCAGAUGGUUCCCACGAUGGGAUUUGGACUCGGACAACAAUCCAGCUCCGUGGUCGAUCAAGGAUCAGGACAUCAGGCCAACAACUCGGCCCUUGCAACUGCACUGAGAGAGAAGCCCAGCCCUCUGUCGGAGCAGGGACUGGGCCAGCCAUAUGGUCCAGUAGUUGGGCCUCCUCUCGCACCGGAGCAGUUGUUACAUGGACAGCCUGGAUCACAGCACCGGCGCGCAAUCGCAGAUCCGGGCACCGUGGGGGGUGCGGUGGUGACGCCGCAUGGGAGGAGGACGCUGCCCAGGAAGGCGAGCAUCAUCAAGGAUACUUCGCGCCAGAAGCAGCCGGAGCGGAAGAAGACCGUGUCGUUUAGCAGCAUGCCUACAGAGAAGAAGAUCAGCAGUGCCGGCGACUGCGUCAGCCUCAUGCAAGAGGGCUCCGAACUGAAAAAGGUCAGGUCAAAUUCCCGCAUCUAUCAGCGCCUCUUCUUGCUGGAGUCAGAUUUGCAGCACCUGCGUUGGGAGCCGUCCAAGAAGGACCUUGACAAAGCCCGCCUGGAGGUGCGAUCCAUAAAGGAGGUGCGUGCUGGGAAAAACACGGACAUCUUCCGCAGUAACGGGAUAUCUGAGCAGGUUUCUGAAGACUGCGCCUUCUCCAUUAUCUACGGAGAGAGCUACGAGUCGCUGGAUUUGGUUGCAAACUCGGCUGACGUUGCGAGCGCAUGGGUGACGGGGCUGCGCUACUUGUUGUCGUGCAGCGGUAGGCAGGACAUCUCUGCCUCGAUACAUUUUGGACAGAACAGCCUGCGCAGUUGUUGGCUGCAGGCAGAAUUUAAAUGCACAGUCACAGAAGACGCAGGAUACCUUUCAGAGGCCGAUGCAGUGGAAUUGAUUCAUAAGCUACACCCAGGAUUAAGGAAUUUGUACGUUAAAUUGAAGCUGAAGGAAGUGCUAAAAGAUAACGAUCGGCCAGAUGACAUUAUUGGCCUCACGGUGGAAAAUUUCAUUGACGUUUUCAACGUAUUAGCAACACGACCCGAAGUUUACUUCCUGCUUGUGCAGUUUUCCAGUAACAAAGAGUACCUGGAUGUCAAAGACCUCUCUUUAUUUCUGGAUACAGAACAGGGAAUGGCACAGGUUUCGGAGGAGGUGAGCCUAGACAUCAUCCGUCGAUUCGAACCAUCGCAGGAAGGCCGAGCCGCCGGCUGCUUGGGUAUCGAUGGCUUCACGCGGUACCUGCUAUCCCCCGAGUGCCACGUCUUUGACCCCGAUCACCGGCACGUGUGCCAGGACAUGACUCAGCCCCUCUCCCACUACUACGUCCACGCCUCGCACAACACCUACCUGGUGGAAGACCAGUUCCGUGGUCCCAGUGACGUCGGGGGCUUCAUCCGGGCCCUGCGGCUGGGCUGCCGCUCCGUGGAGCUGGAUGUGUGGGAUGGUCCUGAGAAGGAGCCUCUGGUCUUCAAUGGACACACCAUGACGUCCCCGAUCACUCUCCGGGCGGCUCUGGAGGCUAUUGGCAAGCAUGCCUUUGCAGUGUCGGAGUACCCUCUCGUGCUGUGCUUGGAGACGCACUGCUGCCCGGCCCAGCAGCGCACUAUGGUGCGCCAUAUCAAAGAGGUACUGAAAGAGAAGCUGUACACGGAGCCAGCCAUCGCGUCAUGCGCACACCUUCCCUCCCCGGAGAGCCUCCGCGGGCGCAUUCUCAUUAAGGGCCGGAAACUGCCGCCCACUUGCCAGGAGUGCGAGGGCGACGUGAGCGAGGAGGACGAGGCGGCGCAGAUUGGGCAGCAGCACUGCGAGCCCGAGCAGGCACGCAGGCUCACGCUCACACGGGAGCUCUCCGACUUGGUGUCUCUCUGCCAGUCUGUCCGCUUCCGCGACUUUGAUGUGGCUCUUCAAAGCCAGAAAUACUGGGAAAUAAGUUCGUUCAGCGAGCUGCAGGCUGGUCGACUUAUCAGCGAAAGGUCGGAGGACUUCCUGAGUUAUAAUAAGAGGUUUCUUUCCCGCGUGUACCCAAGCCCCAUGCGAUUGGACUCGAGCAACGUUAACCCGCUGGAUUUCUGGAAGUGUGGCUGCCAGCUGGUGGGGCUCAACCUCCAAACACCGGGGCUCAUGCUGGACCUUAACGUUGGCUGGUUUCAGCAGAAUGGUGGCUGCGGCUACGUGCUGCGGCCUGCAAUCAUGCGCGAAGCCGUUUCGUAUUUCCGUGCCAACACCCACGAAAGCUUCCCUGGCCUCUGUCCUCAGAUGCUGCACCUCCGCAUCAUUAGUGGGCAAAAUCUCCCCAAGCCCAAAGGCUCGGGUGCCAAGGGGGAAGUGCUGGACCCCUACGUGGCAGCUGAGAUUCACGGCAUUCCAGCUGACUGUGCGGAGCAGAGAACCAAGACUGUAUACCACGAUGGAGACCACCCGAUAUUUGAGGAGAGCUUUGAGUUCCAGCUCCACUUGCCAGAGCUGGCUCUGCUACGAUUGGUGGUACUGGACGACGACUACAUAGGAGACGAAUUCAUCGGUCAGUACACCAUCCCCUUGGAGUGCCUCCAGCCCGGAUACCGUCACGUGCCGCUCCUCUCCCUCACGGGCGAGCUCUUGACCCACGCGUCCAUUUUCAUCCACGUGGCCGUGACCAACCGCCGCGGAGGGGGCAAGCCUCCGAAGCGGGGGCUGUCCGUGAUGCGGGGCCGCCGCACACACAAAUACGUCACCAUGCGCACCGUUUGCAUCAAGGUGGUGGACGAGGUGUUCCGCGUAGCGACGCAGCCGCUGCGCGACGCCGCUGACCUGCGGGAGAACUCGCAGGUGGCAGUUCUGGCUUUCAAGGAGGUGUGUGGCCUCCCUCCGGUUGCCAACCUUGCCCAGUGCAUGCUGGUGCUGUGCUCGCGGCUGCUCAACACCGACGGGGCUCCCCAGGUGGGACUGGUGCUGCGUGGCCAGAUGCCGUGCCUGGACGUGCAGGGCGCCCUCCCCGACGUGCUCAAGAAGGGCGUGGUUCUCUAUGACACGAUGAUACAGGAAUUGCGGACCCUCAUGGAGAGUGCAGACGCCAUCCACGGCAAGAUCACACAGUGCCAAAAGUCAGGUCUGGAACUUCAUGAAGAUCUGAGCAACCUGGGCACCAGAGAGGGACUCAAAGGCCGCAAGCUGGCCAAGGCGAUUGAGAGCUUCACCUGGAACGUCACCCUGCUCAAGGGUCAGGCAGAUCUCCUGCGGCAGGCCAAGGGCGAGUGCAUCGAGAAUAUCCGCCAGGUGCACAAUGCCGCCAUCUCCUGUGGGCUCGAUAAAAAUGCAGGCGUUGCAGCAGUUUCCGAGGUUGGCUCAACCAAGAAGGAGGAGCGGCCACUCCUCACUGGCUUGCAACAGCAACCCCAAGAGGAAGUCACAUUCUCCACCCCUGUGCCCAGGCAGCAAGGCACACUAGUGACAACAAUCACCGGCACAACUGCAACAGAAGCAGCUGUCUCAACACACGCUCUGAAUGAACCAACGUCGUGUUCUCCAUCCUUGGCCAGAGAUGACCGUGCAUGUUUUCAAGUUGACCGUGCAUCACCCGAUAUCGGUAACACGUUUGCCAGUGCGUCGGUCAGUCUUUCGUUGUGCCCAGAAAUCAGCGCACCACAACAGUUGCAGGAAACCUCUUACCGGAACUCGGCGGUUUCAGUCUCAUUUAAUGAUGGGUUUUCUACUGAGCCAUCCAUAGUGCAGCAAGGCGUUUCCGUUGAUUCCCUUGCAAAAAUAAACAAUUCAAUAUGUAUCGGUUCAUUUCUCACCCAAACCCCUGUGGAGCAUGGCUCCAGCAUUGAGAGGGCAUUGCUCGCAGACAGCAGCAGCUGUGAGAUGAGCAGACAAAUCCACUGUCCGUCCGUGUUGGGGAGUUUCCCGGACAGGGCACUCUACGAUAGUUUGGAAGUGAACCGAGAAAUUACCGAGAAGUUGAAUUUGGAUAAUUUGUGACGUCCACGAAAUCUAUAUCGUACUUGUCUAAGCUGUGUCGCAGGAAGGGUUAGUGGUCAUACAUAUGCCUCCUGGGCCAUCUAUUCUGUAAAAUAUCCAUGUGAAAUGUUUACUAAAAUGUGUUCCUUAGGUAGACUUGUACAUCUAAAAAUAUAUCUCAGCAAUAGAUGACGUGCACAAGCAAUGAGGUGCGCAUCAAGAGGAGCGUUGCUGGAUGGUGCAUGCUUGUAAUCGUGCUAGAUUACUGAUGUGUUGGAUAUCAUCUGUGAAUCGGUGUAAGUGGUUUCACUUGUUCAGAUGGCUGUUAGACUUGUACAAAGUUAUGUUUUUCCCGACUUGAAUAUCCCGAAAGCAUCAAGCGUUAAAUUGUAAGAUAAUUGAAAGCACUUUCAGAACAGUACCAAAACGUUUCCACAUUGAAGCUGUGUGCAUGCAACGUAGCUCCACUUGUGUUUCACAUUCACUGCUCUGUUUGAGUUUGCUAUGUUUGAGCCAUCUGGACAGAUUAUUCAGUGUUUAAAUACUAAAUUGUAGUAAUGGUAAUAUUUUAAGACUGGAAAAGAGGACGUGUCAUAUAUUUUGAUUGUUUCGUUUUUCUUUUCUCGGUUGUGAAAUCGUCUGUUGAUGCCGACGUGCUCCCCAACAUCCAGGCCCCGCACCAUUGCACACCGAUGCUGGGGAAUGUCCAACUCCCUCUGGGGCGCCAACGCUACCAACUAUAGGAUGGCGCUCUGGUGUGCAGCUGCAUGUGCUUGGCACAAAUCUGUCAAAUAAGCUGUCAGAACUGGGCCUCGAUAAAUAUACAGUGUGAUCACAAAAUGCAUUACCUUUUGUUGUUACCAAUUCAUAGACGAAGACUCGAAAGGAUUAGCCGAGACUUAAUCCAUUGAUCUCAAUGCUUCUGACUCGGUACCCUAACACGGCAAUUCGUAUUACUGUUAACCCAACAGGUAACCUUUAUAAUGUGUUCAUAUUAAGCGUGCAUCUUCUUGCCAAAGCAAUACCGUUGGGAUUGCGUGCGGAGUGUGUAAUCCGUUGAGCUCUGAUUUACGUGCCAGAGGUAAACGCAUCCUUGGGAGUUGCUACGCAGUCUUCAUCUCCGCGGCCCGGGAUGUCUCUGCUGAGCGAACGCAGCGCUUCAGAAGGCGGCGGCGGCGUCGGCUUAAGACCCCACACCAUGUCACCGUGUCAUACCAUCGUCUCGCAAAACUCUGUUCCUGUGCACUUGGUAAAUCCCAACUGUAGUUGAAAAACAUAUCAAGGGGUUAUAAAUGAAAUCCAAUGUUUAAAUUCAUCAUGAGUAUCUCUUCCAGUGCUCUCCUGCAAACGACCCUCCCUCUCUGCUGUCCGUGGCGUUUCACAGAGUACGUAUCGAGCGGUGCUUUGGUCACGGGUUGCUUUGUUCGUUCAACAUCGACCAUUUAAACUGUUGAACAGGAAAUAUUUCUGGGUGGUACCAAAAGACAGCACGCUGACCCCUCGUGGUGCUCUCCGUUAAUUCAGCAGUCGUGCAUCUUCGCAUCCCCACCAGUGCAGCCCACGGUGAACUCGUGCCUCGCUCUGUCAGUUGAUGUCACUAAAUUGUCAUGUUUUGCCAAGAAUGUAAACAUUCGUAAUGAUUAUAAACAGUAUAUUUUUGUUUAAAUAGUUCAAGAGGAGGUCGUACACAAUUAUAAAUGAUGAUAAAUGCCAAAAGUAUUACUACUAUUUUCUUAAAUAUAUUUGUCUUUAUUUAACAUGAUUGUGGUCAAACAUUUUUUUUGUAUCAAAUUGACCAUUGGUACCAUUUCCUCCCUCUAUAGGAUAAUGAAAAUAAAGUAACUACAGUUUUAAAAACGAAGUAAUAGUUCUUCCAGUUAAAAUGUUUAAGUUCUGUUUAUAUACACUGAAAUGUAAAUCGAUAUUCUGUCAUUUAAAUGUUUGAUUGAAAUAUUGCAAUAUUUUCUUUAGCAAUAUGUUUCAUCUUUGCAUUUGAGUGUUAAUUUUUUUAACAGUGCAAUAGUAUGGGGAGUGAUUUAAUGGAAUUAUUCUUCUCUCUGACCUAAGCCUUUGUUUAAAAAAGUGUGCGUUUUACGUGAUUUUUAAGUACACAUUUUCCACCGCCACAUUUAACUUUCCUUUGCUAAUUCAUAAGCGCUGUCGAUCACAUUAACAGCUGAUCAUGGUGAGGUGGACGUCUGUCGGAAGUCACGUGCUCAUCAGCUUAUAAUAUUUUCCAUCAAGAUCAAUCCUGGGUCCAUUUACAGAUGCUUACGCUUCAUGAUCAUUUUUUUCGGUGUAUUUGGAAAAUUACGGUUACGAAGAGAGAACUCUUUUAUUUGAACGUAAAUCCAAGACUUGUUGUUUCAACGUCGGAUGUUGGACCGAGAUGCGGACAUUGGAACACCAGCGCCUGAAGGUGGCGCUCCAGAUCGUCCCCGCGACACGGCGGGUGCCGAGGGAUGCCCCGCACUGGGAGCGCCUCUCGGCGCGUGCUGCUCGUGGCCACAGUCCUCCCCCGAUCCCUGCCGCCCUCUCGAACUGCCCUCCGCCUCUUGUUUAAAUGUUGGUUGCUCCUGAAUUAGCUCAACAUUUAUAUGGAGCGGCAUUGGCAGUGGUGUGCAGGCACAAAUAUAAACACCAGAUUCGUCAUAAACAAACCCUGCGUUAUAAUAGAGAAUAUAUCUGGCUGACAUUUGAGGCAAUGGGCUUUAAAGCUGAGAUGGCAAAGAGAUGCGUUGACUCGGCACAUUUGAGGUGACAACCUCCCUCAACAUCUGCGCAGUUGUAUAGUCUCAUUCCAUCUCUCGUCUCUUUAUAUCACUGCUUACCUUGCAUGUAGUUUCAGUCCAUGAUUUCAGUUUAUAAGGUCUUUCCUCCGAGUACAAAACCUUUCAGGUCUUUUAAUAUGUUCAUAUAUUAAUAUUUAAAAAAGGUUGAUCAUUUUUUGCCCUUCCGUGCUGAGACCGGGUCUCGAGUUGAUUGAGUGUUGACUGCACAUUGUUCGGAAACGUGGUGCGGACUCGAUUGUCAUUGUUACAGGUUACCUUUCAGUUUAAAUGGAUACAAGAACAUUCAUUUGGACAGAUUAAAUCCAAAAAGGCAGAAUUUGAAUAUAAAAUGUUGCUUUUUUAUUUACUAAAAUUACAUGAAGUGUAUAAGGUUUAUGCAACAUAACGUUGCUGUGCUGCACUGCGAGUUUAUUAUGGAACCAAUGAAACUGGACACAUCAUUGCAAUUAAAACCACGGACAACACAUUUCUGUAUGUUUACCACUCCGUCAUUGUUUUGGGGCAUAAUUGUAUUGUACAUGUGCUUUACAAAUAAAAAAUGUUGGCUAGGUAACAUUAUUUGAUAAAUAUUCUUAUUUUUUGUCGGUUUUAUUCCAAUUUUAACAUUGUGUAAAAUGUAUUGCAUAAUUUUUUUUCUCAAAGUAACAGCUGUUUAUAAUAAAAUAUUGACAAAUUAAUUGUUUAAACGUGUAAUUAAAUGUGUAUUGAAGACCGCUCAUGCUUCUUGUGCCAACUUAUUAAUUAAGAAUAACCAAACUGUAAAUAUUAUGGAAAUAAAUUAAUCCAGUCAUCUUGUUAUUAUUUUUAUGUAUUUUUGCAUUUCAAGUUGUAUAUAUGCGUACACAGACCCUGAUAGAGCCCCAUUGUACAGUGUUCAAAACAAAAAGUCACCUGGACACAUUUGAAUAUUUUUAGGUCACUUCUCUCGUUUUCAAGAGCCGCAUCACCCAAGUUUGAACUCGGCAUGCUGUCCCACCAGAUGAUGCUGUCGGUUGCCGCCCGUCUUGUGCCGGUCCCACUUGGCAUGCUGGCUAAUUUCCCUGUUUAGGAAAAAUUGGGCCAACUCGCAUUGCCAGUCCUAUGGAAAUGAGGUAUGAGUGGUAAAUAUAUAGGACAGUUAUAUGGACCAAUCAUGAACACCUACUAUAAAACGUAAAUGUGUUUAAUUGCAUUUUUGGAUUUUUCAUUUUAGUGAGAUGACACGAUUGUCACCAAUGUUUCCAACAAACAUUUGACCAAAAUGCUAACCACAACUACACUACAAAAUAAGACAUGGCUAAAGCAAUGUCUACUGGUAAUAUGCAUUUAACAUUGGCCAUCUUGUGUUUAACAAAGGUUCGGUCACUUUUAACUGUGGAAACAUAAUGUGUGAAAAUUACUUCUACAUUAUGGUUUGUUUUACGUGACUGCCGGCGAAUGAGUACUCGCUAGAGUAACGUGCAGCGCAUAAUUGCAUUUGGAACUCCGCUCAGGUUAGCUAAUUAUGCAAAACAUCAUUGGAAAAUCACCAAGUCUCUUGCAAGCCAUGCCCAAGAGUGGGCAUACAUUGUGAUAGAGGUUGUGUUCAAAAGCCAUUAGUUUGAUCCUGGCAUUCGAACAUAAGUGUUAGAGGGCAUUAUGGUAGGAGUGAGGAAAACAUGGUUACCCCAGUGUACCGAAUAGUGCUACUCCUGCGCUUUAUUCCUGACUCGGGCGUCUUUCUGCGUGCACUUUUUAUGUUCUCCCUCUCUUCUUCGUGGGUUUCCUCUGGGUUCUUUGGAUUUUGUCUCGUGGCUAACAAAAAGCAUGCUCAAUGCUGCUGGUUUUGGCUAAGUUUCCCACUGCUGAAGAAAUACCUGCAAAUUGGGAUCACACAUAGCAAUAUCUCCCCCUCCUGCAAUGAGGCAUUCCUGGGUAAAAAAAGCAUAAUAAAUAAAUAAUACUACAUAUGAUAUGUUGCGUAACUGUUGUAGAACUUUGAAUCCACCAAUACUCGGUUCUUUAACCUUGUAGCCUAAUUAAGUUACAGUAGCGAUUGCACGGUGUUGAAACAUUUCCAAUGAUAAUUCUAAUUUUGUGUUUGAUUUGUGCAGCUGAUUGGAUGGAAAGGACGCUAUUAAUUAGCAUUCUUUUAGUCUGUGCCAAAUCCUUGUGUUCAGUAUCGGAUAUUCUGUGAGAGAGUGAAAGGCCAAGGUACAAUUGUGUCAUUCGUUUAGCAGCAGGGUGAUGCUACCAUGGUGGGCCUCGUUCUUGGUGGAACCGAUGUUCAAUUUGCACUUCCUUUACCGCGGUUACAUGAACAUUAAGCGCUGUUCACAGGCAUCAGACUGCCGCCGCGUUUUUUCUUGUUCCUCCACUUUGCUGGUUUUUUGUUCUCCGAAAAAGACGUUUGGGGGCGUUUGGUGAAAAAAAAACCUCAGCUGUCAAUCUCAUGCCAAGUGUCAUAAAGGGACUAUGAAACACUUGAAAGGUAUGCAUGCAUUGAUAAAUAUUCAGUACUUUGAUGUUUGUUUACUUCCUCAUGUAUCUUGUUUUUAUUGUUAUUAUACCGUGCUCGCGUGAUGCAAGCACAAACUUGUUAGGAAUGCACUGUACUUUUGUAUGUUUCUUUGAAAGGGUCGAUUCAC